UAUAGCAGCAUUAAUAACCUUAUAAUAACUUUGACCAAUCUUUUUUUUGAUGUCGCGAUGUCAUCAAGAGUUCAAGAACUUAUCAGCCAAUCCCGGGGAAAGUUGGAUUAUAUUUUUGUCGGGGUUUUACCACUCCAACGCAAGCACUGAAACAAAUACCAACCAAGAAAAAAAAAACAGCCACUUGAGUACCGAAAGUCAUCACCAUGAUAAAGAUAUUAAAAAGAGCUCUCCUCGUUUGUGCGUAUGUGUACACUACAAGUUCAGCUCACGUUUUUCAAUUAACCUAACUAAAUUAGAAGAGCCUAAAGGUGUUACCCUUCUUACUCACGCUUUACUACCCCGAUUAGAUACUUGUGGUUGGUCUAUGAUUUUGAGAAUGGCGAUUGGCCCAAAAUUUUUUGUCCAACAGUACCCAUGGACUGCACUUCUGGUAUACCAAGCAGGCAACCAAGAAAAAAAUUAUUGUGGUGGUACUUUGAUUAGUGAUCGGUACGUCUUGACGGCCGCUCAGUGCAUCAAAGGGAAUAUUCCAGGAUUGAUGUUUCUUCAUACGAUGACGAUGUGA